CAUACCUAGUUGUGCUGCCGAAUACCUUAUCCAGAGGGCUUGAACCAACCUCUUCCUUUUGAAGCUGCGUUGCUUGAAAGAGUGAGGCGAUAUUGGAGAAGGGAGUCUCCUUUAAUCUGACCCUCAGAAGGUAUUUGUCUGCCUCUAGCAGCUAACGACAGUUUUUGGAAUUGUAGAACAAGCGGGCCAGCAUGGCAAGCGCCAAUGUCAACUUCAAGUCGCGCGAUGAGCAUCGCAAAGCAGUGGAGUUGGAGGAGGCAAGGAAGGCAGGCCUUGCUCCUGCAGAAUUGGACGAAGAUGGGAAAGAAAUCAAUCCCCAUAUUCCCCAGUACAUGUCCUCUGCUCCUUGGUACCUGAAUCAAAGUGGGCCUGGGUUGAAGCAUCAGAAGAAUUGGAAAGAGGGGGGCAGCAUCAAAAAGCAGUGGUAUGACAGAGGGGCGACGACAUUUCAAGCGUCCAAGUUUAGGAAAGGGGCCUGCCAAAACUGUGGUGCCAUGACGCAUGAUUCCAAGCUGUGUCUGGAGCGGCCGCGCAAGCUGGGGGCCGUCCACACCAACAAAAAUAUCGCCGCGGACGAGAAGGUGGAGGAGAUUGAGCUCGACUUCGAGGGGAAGCGGGACCGCUGGAAUGGGUACGAUCCGAGCACGUAUGCCCGGGUGAUUGACACGUACCAGAAGCGGGACGAGCUGCGGCAGAAGGUGGUGCGGGAAGAGAAGCUCAAGAAGAAGUUUGCCAAGGCGGCCAAUGGGGAAGGGGCCAUUGAAAACGGGGAGAAGAAAGACGGGUCGGACAGUGAGAGCGAGAGCGAUGAGGAGGGGCAGGAUGAGGCCAAGCUGGACGAAAGCAAGCAGAUGGAUUUCGGCAAGGUGGAGAAGCGCGUGAGGACGACGGGGGGUGGGGCGACGGGCUCGGUCAGGAACCUGAGAAUUCGAGAAGACACGGCCAAGUAUCUCAUCAAUUUGGAUAUAGAAUCAGCGUACUACGAUCCUAAGACGCGGUCCAUGAGGGAGGACCCGAACCCGGAGAAGGCGCCAGAGGAGAAGUUCUUUGCGGGGGACAAUGCGUGGCGGGGCAAGGGCGAGGCAGAGCAGUUCAAGCAGCUGAACAUCCAUGCGUGGGAGGCACUGGAGCAUGGGCAGGACAUCCAUAUGCAGGCCACGCCGUCGCAGGCGGAGAUGCUGUACAAGGAGUUCAAGGUCAAGAAGGAGAAGCUGAAAGGGGCCACUAAGGAGGCAGUCCUGGCCAAGUAUGGAAACGCGGCGGCCGCGGACAAGCCCCCCGAUGAUCUGCUGCUGGGGCAGACAGAGGCGUUCAUCGAGUACGAUAGAACGGGGAAGCCGCUGAGGGGUGACAAGAUCGUGGUGCCGCGGAGCCGGUAUGAGGAGGACGUGCUGAUAAACAACCACACUUCGGUGUGGGGAUCGUGGUGGAAGGACGGGCAGUGGGGGUACAAGUGCUGCCGGCAGACGAUGCGUAACAGCUACUGCACGGGGCAGGCGGGGAUAGAGGCGAGCGAGGCAACGGCAGCGCUGAUGCAGAGCAACGUGGAAAGGAAGGAAGCGGAGCCAGAGGUGGUGCGCGAGCGUGAGGAGAAGAACACGGCGGCGUGGGGGGAGGACACGCCUGACGAUGUGCAACUAGACCGGGAGAAGUUGAAGGACGCGCUCAGGAAAGAGCAGGAUAGGGCAAGGGACGUAGAAAGGGACGAGCGAAAGAGGAAGUAUAAUGUCACGUACAGUAGUGAUGUGACGGCAGAGGAGAUGGAGGCGUAUCGCUUGGUCAAGUCAAGGACAGAUGACCCAAUGGCGGCCUUCUUAGGAAAAGACGGCGACGUAGAGGACGACAUCUAGUGCUGGGAUGUUCCUUGGGUAGGAGAACAAAGUCUCGUUGUGUUGUCGUGCUUCUGACAGGAUACCUCUCAUGCAGUCCAGCUUCGGAUGUGUACAUCGCCCUGGCAUUCAGUCGAUAGUGUGCCAAGAUAUGAUGUUGAAGUAUCGGGACAGGGCGCAUGCCGCCAAUCUUGACUUGGAGAGCUUGAUAGCGAUCGAUAAGGGCUAAACGAUGGACCCUGUGAGUCACUGUAAAGCCACCAAUUUCGGGCCUGCUGAAGCUCGCGGCGAUCGAUCCGUCUCCUUAGCA